AUGUCGAAUGAUGCAGCCGCCCAAGGUCUCUUGAUCGGUGCAAAAGCUCAAUGUGGGAGACCAGCUGAUCGUCGAUGGCAAAAGCGAUCGCUAGUGUGGGAAGGAACCGCUAAGCAGCCUUCCCGAGACAAGACAAACAAUACAGCGGACUUUCUGAACCGAUCGAGCCUUCGUUCAGAAGCACAGCGCUUGAUUCGGAAAAUGGCUCGCAUCGAAAUCGAAAAGAACGAUAGCGACGACCUCAGGCGAAUCCCAUCGUGCCGUCCUCGGCUAUUUGCUUUUCCGAUGUUCGAGGAGGCUUCGUCUGGAUCCGAGUCUUCGAGCUUCAAUACAAUACAAAGUACCGCCAAGAUGCAACUGUACUGCAACUAUAGUCUCGUUUGCGCAUGCAAACAGUUGCAUUAG